CAAAAAAGCACCUCACCUCCCCCACACAAAACGUGUUUCUUUUACUACUUUUCUUUUCUUUCUCUACUUUCUUUUUUAUACUAUUAUUUUUAUAUAAAUUCAAAGUUUAUUUAUGUUUCACAAGACUCAUCGGCAACUCAUACUAUUUAUACUGAAGCUGACAAUAUUCACCGUACUAUUUAUUGAAUUCACUCACAUUAAACUCCAAAACACCACAGCGGACAAAGACAUGUUUAAACUACCGUCAGCCGAAGAGCAGCAAGCCAAGCUUGGGCAGUUCAAGUACUUGCUGGACGACUACUAUCUUGAAGACGACCUGCCCAAGGAGGGAGAGGAGGCUGUUCAGUCUGCUGAGCCUGUGACGGAUACAGGGACAGAUGGUGGUGAUGGUGGGAUAAAGAAAGUCAUUAGAUUGUCGACGCUUCCUCAGCCACUGCGGGUUAUUAAACCGGGGAGCCGUGUUACUCGCGAUUUGAGGCCUAACAGGCUGAACGUCUUUAUUGAUGAGAAUGACAAGAUCACGCGUGUUGACUUUUUCUAGUUUUGGCUUUUAUUCCAUGUAGAUUAUACACUAUAAAUCAACUUAUUUUUACUUUUUCUUUGUCUUGUAGAAGCAGUAACUUGAAAAUAAAAAAGAUAGUGUACUUGUAUUUCAGA